AUGAAAAUGGCCCAUCAACCACGUCUACCCCAACCUGGCGACUUCCUCCCAUCUCAUAUCCUGACCAUCACUCCUCCCGCACCCACCCACACGACUCCAACCAACGCACUUAUCUUUCUCCACGGCCUCGGUGACACUCAUCUGCCCUUCACCAAUCUCGCGCGCUCUCUUGCGCUGCCGGCCACCGUAAGCAUCGCCCUCCGCGCACCCAACCUUAUCCCGCCUUUGUUUUCCGGCACUGAUGUACCUGCCUUCCAUUGGGCCGAUGACCUCCUCUUCGAUCCGACCACGGGUGCCAUGGACGCCGAUGCCGGCUUUACACGCGCUCAAACCGCACUCGACGACGUAAUUAAGGUGCUCGUCAGCGACUGCGGCUUUCAUGAACGCGAUAUAUACUUCCUUGGGUUUGGCCAGGGAGCCACGGCUAGCUUUGGCUGGCUUGGACGGGCCGAGCGAGCGGGAUCCGGUCGAGGUGGAUAUGGCGGCGUCAUCGCCAUCGGCGCUGGACUACCCAAGGAACUUCUCUCUUGGAUCCCUGCAAGCCCGUCGGAAAAACUACAGACGCCUGUCCUUCUUUGUGGUGGCCAAACCUCGACGCAGGUUACUGGACAGGUGACAACUCUGAUCCGCGACCGCGUGGCUAGCCUACAGUAUGUGCAGUGGAAAAGAAGUGGCGAUAGGAUGCCGCAAAAUCGCGAAGAAAUGAUGCCUAUCAUGCAGUUUUUUGCGCGACGGAUGAGGAGCUGGACUGGCGUGUUUGAGGGUGCCAUAGAGCUCAUCUAG